AUGAGUGAUCUGACUGAUGACCAGAAGGAGAGACUGCGUAUGGCACGGCGUGUGCAGACGAUGUUGAAAAGUAUUGCUGAUGAUUGGUUGCGAGGUAUCCGCGAGGAUUCGGGUAUUGCGAGCAGUGGUUGUACUUCUACUGCGAGGAAUGAUUGCAUUCUGAAUUGUUUGGAAAAGAACGAAGAAAUUGUACGUGACACUACUUGA